UCAGUCGGUGGCAGGAAACACACGGGAGAGAAAAAUGCAGUCCAUAUUUGCACAAAACGGAUCAGAGACUCCAGAGCCGGUGAAAGCUCACGUGAAAGCUUUCUGCUAUCACAAAGAAAAUGUGGUUUGCCAUCAGGAAUCUGAAACUGCAGACAUACACCAAUGAAAAUGAACAAUAUAAAUCUAUAGCAACACACCUGUGUGUUGACCUGCAGGCUCCAUCCCGUCAUGGCUGCAGGGCACGCUGCUGAGGAAUGGGCCCGGUCUUUUCUCUGUGGGCAGCUCCGAGUACAACCACUGGUUUGACGGCAUGUCGCUCAUCCACAGCUUCACCUUCGCCAAUGGUGAGGUGACUUACAGAAGCAAGUUUCUGAAGAGCAAAACCUUCAAGCGAAACAUCAGUGCCGAUAGGAUCGUUGUCUCCGAGUUUGGAACCAUGAUCUACCCAGAUCCCUGCAAAAACAUCUUCUCCAGGGCAUUCACGCACCUCUGCAAUGUCAUCCCCGACUUCACCGACAACAACUUGAUCAACAUCAUUCGCUAUGGUCAGGACUACUAUGCCUCCUCCGAGAUCAACUACAUGAACCAGAUCGACCCUGCUACUCUGGAAACUGUCGGUAGGAUAAACUACAGGAACCACAUCGCUCUGAACUUGGCAACGGCUCAUCCUCACUACGACGACAAGGGCAACACCUACAACAUGGGCACCGCCAUCAUGGGCUUCGGUCGACCUAAAUACGUCAUCUUCAAAGUCCCAGCUGACGCCUCAGAUAAAGAGAAUAAAAAGCCGGCGUUGAGCAAAGUGCAGCAGGUCUGUGCGAUUCCAUUUCGAUCCGCUCUGUUCCCAAGCUACUUCCACAGCUUCGGCAUGACCGAUAACUACAUCGUGUUCGUGGAGCAGCCCUUCAAGCUGGACAUCUUCAAACUGGCCACCGCCUAUUUCAGAGGAGUCAGCUGGGGGAGCUGUCUCAAAUUCGACAAGGAUGACAUUACAGUGUUUCACGUCAUCAACAGAGAGACGGGAAAGGUGGUGAGCACCCGUUUCUAUGGCGACGCCCUGGUGGUUUUCCACCACAUCAACGCCUACGAGGCUGACGGCCAUGUGGUGUUCGACCUGAUCAGCUACAAGGACAGCAACCUGUACGACAUGUUCUACAUCCAGAACAUGAAACAAGAAACCAGCAGCUUCAUCCAGUCCAACAAAAGCUUCUCCCCACCGGUCUGCCAGAGAUUCGUCCUGCCGCUCAGCAUCCAUGAAGAUUCUCCCAAAGGAACCAACCUGGUGACGCUGACGAACACGACGGCCCAGGCGGUGGUGCAGGAGGACGGAUCCGUCUACUGCCAGCCUGACACUCUGUUCGAAGGCCUGGAGCUGCCGGGGAUCAACUACAGUUUCAAUGGUAAAAAGUACAGAUACUUCUACGGCUCCAGGGUCACGUGGUCUCCUCAUCCCAACAAGAUCGCAAAGAUCGACAUCGUGGCCAGGAAACACAUCGAAUGGCAUCAAGAGGGCUGCUACCCUUCUGAACCGGUGUUUGUCGCGUCUCCGGGAGCCGUGGAGGAAGACGAUGGAGUGAUCUUGUCGUCCGUCAUCUCUACAGAUCCAAGCAUUUCUCCGUUCAUGCUCGUCCUCAAUGCCAAAAACUUAGAGGAAGUUGCCAGAGCUUCCAUCCCCGCCAAUGUCCACAUGGACCUUCACGGACAUUUUAUCUCCACUGCCGUUUGACCACCAACACACCCGCUACAUUAACUAUUUUUUAUGUAAAUUCUGUAAUAUUUUGCUUCUGUGUAAAAAAACAUUUGAAAAAAUGUUUCAUUUCUGAAGAUUUGCCAUUCAAUGCAAAGGACAUGUAAAAAGAUAACAUGAACUUAAAAAUGAAAAGAAGCCAUUUUCUCUUUUUCAAUUUUUGGUAUUUCUGUUUUAUGUAUUUUAAAAGACUGAUUUGGAGAAUAUUUAAUAUAUCAAAAUGUGAUAACCUAUAGCUGGAUUUACCCAGAGCAUGAACCUUAAGUGCAAGCACAAUGUGUUUUAUGUUGUUUAGAUAAAGAAGUUUUAUUUACUUUUUUCACUGUUUGUCUUUUGUAUUCUAACAAGGCACAGGAACAGGACCUGCAACAUCACUAUAUAUUGGAAAAAUUUGUUUCCAUCUGCCUUUAUAUCAUAAUUAUCAAUACAACUUUUCUGCCUCAGCCAAG